GCCCGGCGAGUGAUUCACCCCAGAUACGUCCAGCGGCCGCUGAGACACCGGGGCGGGGGGUCCUGCCCCCACGGUCGCCCUUCCUCCUCUCCCCCACCCCCGGAGACCCCCCACCCUUCCUCCCUCUACCUCGGGGUGGGGGUGGGGGGGCGAGCCCGGUUCCCGGGACACCAUGUCGGACUCUGAGGAGGAGAGCCAGGACCGGCAACUGAAAAUCGUCGUGCUGGGGGACGGCACCUCCGGGAAGACCUCCUUAGCUACGUGUUUUGCUCAAGAAACUUUUGGGAAACAGUACAAACAAACUAUAGGGCUGGAUUUCUUUUUGAGAAGGAUAACACUGCCAGGAAACUUGAAUGUUACUCUUCAAGUUUGGGAUAUAGGAGGACAGACAAUAGGAGGCAAGAUGUUGGAUAAAUAUAUCUAUGGAGCACAGGUAUGACAUUCUGUGAUUAUUCCAGUAUUAAAAUAUCCUCUCCCAAGCACAUAUAGCUGGGUACACGCACGUGCACACACACACGCACACACAGACACA